GAGCGGCUCGGCGGCGUGUUGGCGGCGCGGCGCGGCCUGGCGGGCUCGGCGGGAUGGUGAAGCUGACGGCGGAGCUGAUCGAGCAGGCGGCUCAAUACACCAACGCCGUCCGAGACCGCGAGCUCGAUCUGCGGGGGUAUAAAAUCCCCGUCAUUGAGAACUUAGGGGCCACGUUGGAUCAGUUUGAUGCGAUUGAUUUCUCAGAUAAUGAGAUCCGGAAACUGGAUGGGUUCCCUCUGUUGAGAAGGCUGAAAACUCUUCUGAUGAAUAACAAUAGGAUUUGUCGGAUUGGGGAAGGACUUGAACAAGCCCUGCCCAGUCUCACAGAGCUCGUUCUUACCAACAACAACAUUUCUGAACUGGGUGAACUGGAUCCAUUAUCAAGUAUUAAAUCAUUGACUUACCUGAGCAUUUUAAGGAAUCCAGUAACAAAUAAGAAGCAUUACAGAUUAUAUGUUAUCUACAAAGUUCCCCAAGUCAGAGUGCUGGAUUUUCAGAAAGUGAAACUCAAAGAGCGACAGGAGGCAGAGAAAAUGUUCAAGGGCAAACGGGGUGCACAGCUUGCAAAGGAUAUUGCCAGGAGAUCAAAAACCUUCAAUCCAGGUGCUGGUCUGCCAACAGACAAAAAGAAGGCCGGGCCCUCCCCGGGUGAUGUUGAGGCAAUUAAGACUGCCAUAGCAAAUGCCUCAACAUUGGCCGAAGUGGAGAGGCUGAAAGGCUUGCUGCAGGCCGGCCAGAUCCCCGGCAGAGAACGAAAACCAGGCUCGGCCGAGGACGCCGAGGAGGAGAUGGAGGAAGACACCGUCCCCACCGGCUCGUAGCUCCGCGCAGCCGCCGCCCUGGGGCCGCUCAGCUGCCGACGUGGCGCUGCGCCUCGCGUUGGGGCCGCGCCGUUCCGUGCCGCGUUCAAUAAAGCCCCGUGUCCGCUC